UCCAGAGGAUCCAGGUCAGUGGUUACGUCAGCGGCUGGAAGUAGGUCAGUGGAACCUUGCGACAUUGUAUCCGUGGCGGUGGCGGUCCAGGUUCAGGUUCAGUAGCGAGGUGUAGAAGCCGACGACAAGGCAGCACACCCGCAGGAGGGAAUACCUUUUAGCUCUCCGCCCAUUGUAAGAUCAUCCAAUGGCAGACCAAAAUAUGGACAUCUCCUCAACAAUAAAUGAUUUUAUCUCAUCUGAUCCAAGUGGAUUAAUAUUGAACUCCUUGGGCACAGCAAGCAUGGACUUUAACCGGAAGCGCAAAGGAAGUUCCACAGAUUAUCAAGAUGGGAUGGACACUGACAAAGAGGAUCAACACAACAGGAUGGAAUGUACAGAUCAACACGGCAAAGUCAAAAAUGCCAGAGAGGCUCAUAGCCAGAUUGAAAAGCGGCGUCGGGAUAAGAUGAACAGUUUUAUUGAUGAGUUGGCAUCGAUGGUGCCAACAUGCAAUGCCAUGUCACGGAAGUUGGACAAGCUCACUGUGCUUAGGAUGGCUGUACAGCACAUGAAGACCCUAAGAGGAGCCACCAAUGCUUACUCAGAGGCUAACUACAAACCUGCCUUCCUUUCAGAUGAUGAGCUGAAACAUCUUAUCCUCAGGGCGGCUGAUGGAUUUCUUUUUGUUGUGGGCUGCGACAGAGGGAAGAUACUUUUUGUGUCUGAAUCGGUUUUCAAAAUUCUCAACUAUAGCCAGACGGAUCUGAUCGGUCAGAGUUUGUUUGACUACCUCCACCCAAAGGACAUUGCCAAAGUCAAAGAGCAACUCUCUUCAUUUGAUGUGACCCCAAGGGAGAGGCUAAUAGAUGCCAAAACUGGCUUGCCGGUAAAGACAGACAUAACUCCAGGACCCUCUCGAUUGUGCUCGGGAGCAAGACGCUCGUUUUUUUGCCGGAUGAAAUGCAACAGGCCUUCUGUCAAAUUAGAGGAAAAAGACUUCACAGCCAACUGCUCCAAGAAGAAAGUUGACCGUAAGAGUUUCUGCACCAUUCACAGCAGCGGCUAUCUGAAGAGCUGGCCGCCCACCAAGAUGGGAUUGGACGAAGACAAUGAGCCUGACAAUGAAGGCUGCAACUUGAGCUGCCUUGUCGCCAUUGGUCGGUUACAUCCUCACAUUGUACCGCAGCCAAUCAGUGGCGAGAUCAGAGUAAAAUCAACUGAGUACGUUUCCCGACACGCAAUAGAUGGGAAAUUUGUGUUCGUGGACCAGAGGGCGACUGUGAUUCUGGGAUAUUUGCCACAGGAGCUCCUGGGAACCUCAUGUUAUGAAUAUUUCCACCAAGAUGAUAUAGUACAUCUUGCAGAGUGCCACCGACAAGUGUUACAGAGCAGAGACAAGAUCACCACCAGCUGCUACAAGUUCCGAAUAAAGGAUGGUUCCUUCAUCACGCUGCGCAGUUACUGGUUCAGUUUCCUCAACCCCUGGACCAAAGAAGUUGAAUAUCUUGUUUCCACAAACACUGUUGUUUUGUGAGUUUCUUU